GCUAGCUGACUGUUGGUACACCAGAAAGACACUGACACACAAACAGACUGCUCAAAAUGACUACGGGUCAAACAUGGAGGCUGGCACGUUUCGGACGUUUUGUGCCAUGUUUCAAAGAAAAAGGAGGCAGACAGUGGAAGGUCAUUGAAGCAGAUGACGGUAAAUCUGAAAUUGUCCUCACAAUUGUGGAAUCUGGACAGUUGCUUGUUUCCCAGGGACAUGACUUCUUGGAUGGAAUCUCUUUACUUGGUGCCUCGGAUUUCCUCAAAGUACACCAGAAAUCAGAUAACCUAAUUUUUCGAUACACUGUUAAGGCAAAGAGUCGCUUGAUGAGGAUGCAGUUUGGUGGGAGUAGCAGGGCAGAGGCCAUUAAGGCAUGCUCAAAUGCUGUAGUCAAACUGAUGGAGUACCUGCCUGUCACCACUCAGGAUGGCAUCACAACACCUAAUCAGCCCCCCUCUGAGAUCACUGCUCCAUUAAUGCAGACUGGGCAGGGAGAGCCAGUGGAAGUUGAGCCUGAGAUUGUCCGAGGAUCGCUGUCCAUCAAGCGCCUUAGCCAGCAUUUUUUGGGCAUGUCCCUGCCACAGGUGCACCACCACUGCUCUUUGCCACAAGGCAACCUGGAGCCCUUCCUGCGUGUUUGCCUACUGGAUCCUAGCUUCCCCGCCUUUGUGGAGGAGGUGGAGGGGGAGCUGAAGAAACUGCUUCAGGACUGAAGAACAACAGCUCUCUCUCUUUCAACGACAGCUGGAGGAAGAAAGGUCAAGUCAGUGUGAGUGUUUUUUGUAUUUAUGUGCGUAGGCAGUGCCUUGUGGUGGUGGAGUGUUCUUCUUUGUGCUGCCGAUGUUGUUUGAAAUGUUGCUGCACAUCAGUUGUUAUGAUACAUGUUAGUGGCCUGAAGAGUAUUUGUGUUUGCAGUUUUUUGGGGUGGUUUAAGGAACAGUGUACAAAUAAAAUUGAAAAAUUGUUUU